ACUUUGUUGGGAAAUAGUUGAAUAAUAAUUGAACUCACAAUUAAUUGUUUCAUCGAAUCGUAUAAUCCCAUUUCCCACUAUAAAUUACAAAAUCUCAACUUUGGCUAUUGAUGUCUCAAACAUGGCUGAAGUGCAGCUUGUCGGCUCAUGGGCUAGUGUUUAUGUCUUUAGAGUUAUUUGGGGCCUGAAACUAAAGGGGGUGGCAUACGAAUACUUUGAAGAAGAUCUCUCCAAUAAGAGUCCUCUGCUUCUUCAGUCCAACCCAGUUCACAAGAAGAUACCUGUUUUCAUCCAUGGUGGAAAACCCAUUUGUGAGUCCAUGAUUAUUCUUGAACAUAUUGAAGAGGCUUGGCCACAUAAUCCCUUGCUGCCAACCGAUCCCUUUGACAAAGCCACUGCUCGAUUUUGGAUUAAAUUUGCAGAAGACAAGAUUGCAGCAACAGUUUGGCCUCUUUAUCGAACGGAAGGCGAAGAACAAGAGAAGGCAGUGAAAGAGAGCUUGGAAAUGCUGCAAACUAUCGAAGAACAUGCCCUUGGGGUUGGGGAUGAGAAGAAGUUCUUCGGAGGAGACAAGAUUAAUAUGGUGGACAUAGCCUUUGGUGGGAUAGCUCAUUGGCUGGGAAUUAUUGAAGAUGUAGCAGGAAUGAAGCUAGUCGAACCCCACAAGUUCCCUCGCCUGAGUCAGUGGAUCGAAAACUUCAAACAAGUUCCUGUAAUCAAAGAAAACCUCCCUGACCGUGACGCAACGUUUGCUUACUUGAAGCGUCGCCGGGAAAUGCUGCUUGCAUCCAAGUGACAGUACUCUUUCUAAUUUUUUUAAUAUUUUCUUGAUCUUAUUCUUAACUGCAGGAAAUGAAUCGAAGUGAAUAAACUAGUGUUUUUUAUCUUUUGAUUUGGCUACAAUUAAUGAAUAAACUUACUUAGUUUAACAGAGAGAAA